AUGCACUGCGCUGUUGUCGGUUUGCAGAACGAAGGCCACGGCAAUAAAGAAGCUGGCCCCGUGCUCUGGUCGCCUUUUGAAAUAUUGAACGGCAGAAUCGUCGACUCGGAUGUCAAGCCGACUUACCGAAUCAUCGGCACCGACGUCACCAGCUACAAAACCGUAUACAACUAUUCUUGCACUCUGUACGGACUCUACGUUGAAGGCAAAGGUUCGAAAAAAGAAAAAGCCAAAGAGGACGCGGCUACAGAAAUGAUCCGUCAAAUUCUAAAUGAGCAAAAUGCUAAAACGCUGCCAAAUCAAUUUAAGCCGUUCAAUGAACAAGAAAUUAAUGACUUACAAGCUUUGCUCAAAACGAAACAAAAUUAUACAGAAUUUUUAGAAGAAACGACUAAAGAAGACAUUCCCUUGCCAUUAAAAAUCAAAUCCAAUGUGAGGCGUACCUAGAAAAAUAUGUCAAGACAUAAAUAAGAUUAACAAAAGUAUAACUUUCAUAGGUUCACCAUCACGAAAUUACUAACCACACAUGGCACUAUUACAUGGUAUGAUAUUCAUUUAGUAUGUGACAUACGGGACCGAUAAUUAAUUUAAAAACAGUCAAAUUAAAAUUCUUAAAAUUAUAUUAAUAGUUACCUAUUUAAUUAGUUAUUAAUACAAAUCUAAAAUAAUGUAGGA